GCGAGUGUUUGCCCCUGGCCGGCGUGCACGCGCGGGUGAUGCGCUAGCCAUGAUCUCGCAGAAGCUAUCGUACGGCGACGUGCCGACGUCCGCGUCGCUAUCCUCGCUGUCACCGGGCCUUGCGCCCCCGUAUGUGAACGGCAUGGGCUGCAUGCCGGCGCAGCCCUACCCCAACAUAUACUCCAACAACAUGGUUGCUGGCGGCUCCUGCAUGGCCUCACCGGGCGUUGGCUACUCGCCGCCCAGCACCAUGGCUUCGUGCAUGGGCGGCGGCGGCGCGGUGCCCUACGGUGCGCUCCCGCGCGAGCAGGAAGCCGCUUCACCCACUUCGGCAUUACAGCGUGCGCGCAACGACAAGACCUACCGCCGUUCCUACACGCACGCCAAGCCGCCCUAUUCCUACAUUUCGCUCAUCACCAUGGCCAUCCAGAAUAACCCGUCGCGCAUGCUCACCCUAUCGGAGAUAUACCAGUUCAUUAUGGACCUGUUCCCGUUCUACAGACAGAACCAGCAGCGCUGGCAGAAUUCGAUCCGGCACUCGCUGUCGUUCAACGACUGCUUCGUGAAAGUGCCGCGCACACCUGACAAGCCCGGGAAGGGUUCAUUUUGGACGCUGCACCCCGACAGCGGCAACAUGUUUGAGAACGGCUGCUUCCUGCGGCGGCAAAAGAGAUUCAAGGACGAGAAAAAGGAGUCGAUCCGACAGGCCCAGAAGGCAGCCCAUACGCAUGGGCACCACAGCUCCGGUCACGAGAAGCGAGACCACGGACACGAGAAGGCGGGCGGCGGCGCGGGCGAGGAGAAGGAAAUGCGCGACGACCUGCUGGCGCAGCUGCACGCGGCGCCCGAGCUGUGCCUGCCGGAGCACACGCCCCUUGCGCUCGAACACUACGCACAGCUGAAGCAGGAGCCGACGGGUUACGCGCCUGCGCCACACCCCUUCAGCAUCACGCGGCUGCUGCCCGGUGCCGACACCAAGUCCGACCUCAAGAUGUACGACGUCAACUACGGCUACGGGCACGCGCCGCCUGACAAUUACUACCAGUCGCCGCUGUACCACCAUCACGCACAUGCGCACGCGCAGCCGCCCUUGUGACAGUAUCCGCUGGCAUAGGCGCCGACCGCCCUAUGGCCGCGCCGGGGGUAAGUCCGCCGGCGAAACAUUACGAUAAUCUCAAACUUUUGGACUCAGUGUGAGCGUGACUUGUGUUCUUGUGAUAUCGGGACGACGUAAACCGAAUCAGGCCGUUGUACAGAUAUUGUGUAAAUAUUUGCGAUGAUUUUUUCAAAGUCCGUUUUGUGAGUUCUCUUAGUAGGUAGGUGUAUGAGGUGACGUGCUCCAGGCGGCGGCGCGCGCUAGGCCUAAACUCUUUCUACGACUCCAGGAAGUGUACUUCGUAGCCCGCUCUAACGAUGCGUUAGUAUACCAAUUCUGAAUGAAAUCUUUUAUAUUAUCUCACCUAUUUAUUAUUCAACUGUGAAUAACACAUUCCCAAUUUCCAGUUUACGUUACGUAUUGAGUUAUAUUGUAUGAAGAUAAGCUUUUUACUGAAUAAUCUAAACAAAAGCGUAUUUGUGACAUAAUCGCAGCCGUAAUACGAUCAAUACGAUACGGUUAUCGGCUGGUUUAUCUCUUCAUGUUCUGAUAACUUAUUUGUAUCGAACGCGUUGAAAUCUUUUGUUGGAAAAUAAACAAUAAUUCAUUAAGUAAUUAAACGAAUGCAAACAAAAUAUUCCA